CCCCCUAUGUGAAAGCAUUCCGGAUGUCAAGAACAGUAUUCUGCUCUUCACUUUCUCGUCUUUCUCUCAUUUUCUUGUCUUGUUAUUGCGUCACAUGUUGGGGUGUCCGAAUAGGGUGAUGGGGUCGUUAUAAAGUAAACGCGCUGCUAAUAAUCUCGAUUUUUUUCGAAUUGGGGUAUUUCCGAUAAUACAUUGUUUCCAGACCAGACGCGAAACUGCCAACCUCUGCUCCGUUAUUCGUAAUAACUUAUAUGGAAACUUGGUACGAUAGAAGAACAUCAGGGACAAGGCAUCGGCCGCUGCGGGGUGGAUCCCGGAUUUGGCUACCCCCUCCUCCCUCAUACAUCUUCAUCUGUGAUGCUAAACGGCUGCAUUCACAGGUGUGAUGAUUGCCUCUGAGUGAAGAAGAAACUGAAGCUGUGACUAACAGAAUGUCUUGGGGUGAGUUCAUUGAGCUCCGUGAGUUGAGGCUGCAUGACAAUGACCGGAUAGAGCUGACCUGCUGCGAGGUGCCUCGCUCACCACCUCGCCUGGAGCGGGCCAAUGCCCUGCGGAUUAGCCCAGGGAAGGUCCCAGAGCUGCUUAGCCGGGUGGGCAUCAUCCGACUGCUGGGGGAUAGCCUGGACCCACGGCUCACAGAUGAGAGGGGAGAGGGACAUGACUUCCAGCCCUGCAGCCAUGCCCAGCCCACCUGGUGUGACCUGUGUGGAGACUUCAUCUGGGGACUGUACAAACAGAGCCUGCGCUGUGCCAAUUGCAGAUUCACAUGUCACUAUCGAUGUCGACCUCUCAUCCAAUUAGAUUGCAGUUUGGAUCGUGGCUCCACAGUUGAACAAACAUGUGCUGUAGAGACUGAUACAAAUGUGGAUGAGCAGGUCCAAUGUGGGAAGCAGCAGGAGCUGUCAGGCACAGAGAUCCAGCAGAAGGUGAAGGAGUACAAUGCUCAAAUCAACAGCAACCUCUUUAUGAACCUGAACAAAGAUGGCUCGUUCACUGGCUUUAUAAAGGUCCAGUUCAAGCUGGUACGACCUGUGUCAGUUCCCCCACCAAGAAAGGGUACUGCAACACAGGAUGGUGCGGGCAAGAAGAAUGGGGGAGUAAAACGUUGCACCUCUUUCUACCUGCCCAAGGAUACAUCUAAACACCUACACAUCAGUUCCCGGACAUGCGCCCGUGAGGUCAUCGAAGCCUUGCUAAAGAAGUUCACUGUGGUGGACAACCCUGGAAAGUUUGCCCUGUUUGAGCGCACCGAGCGUCAUGACCAAGUGUUCCUACGUAAGCUGUCUGAUGACGAGCGUCCACUCAAACUGCGUCUGUGUGCUGGACCCAAUGAGAAAGCCCUCAGUUUGGUAUUGAAAGAGAAUGAGACUGGAGAGGUCAACUGGGAUGCGUUCUCUAUGCCAGAGCUCAAGAACUUUGUCCGCAUGUUACAGCGUGAGGAGGAGGAGCAUGUCAAGCAGAUUUUGCAGCGCUACGCUCUGGCCCGCACCAGAAUGCAGGAGGCCCAAGCUGCUGCUUCCAUCCCUGGUGGUUCCUCCGCUAGUGGUUCCACCCCUGGCUGAGAAACAUGUCGCCUAUGGGACAACCUGCACCUCUGACUGACAACCAUCACAAGAUGACCAGUCAUCACUGCAUCCAAAGAUCCCAGAGAACACAAGUGGACACCUCCCUCACAGGAGGAGAGUGAAAGAACGAAUGAGAGCGAGAGGGCGCAUGAGAGCAAGCGCGUGUGAAUGUGAGAGCUAUCAGAAGUGCCGUACAGCUGGAGAGAGUCUGUUGAUAAUGAGAGUUGAGAAACAGUAUAUGAAACUGUGGCUGAUGAGAGACUGGCUUUGUCCAGUACUGCCUCUCAUUAUGGGGGCGCCAUUUCACUAUCCUGGGUGAGCUACCUGGUUCGUAGCGUUUAUCACAUUAUUCUUGCUGGCAGUAGGGUCCAUAGAUUAUAUCAUUUAUAGCUUUGGGGCAACGAUCAAAGAUACUUUUGAGACACCUGAGUGGGGUAAGGCAUAUCAAAAAGCUGUUUAACUCCCUUAAUGCCAAGCAAUAAGAGGGUAGCCAACCUACUCGCUAAGACAAAUGUUGAACAUGUUCAGGUGCUGUCUGCCUCAGUAUCUCCAGACCCAAAUGCUAGUCAGAAUAACAAGCGAUGGAAUUGUGGGCCAGGUAGGUACCCCAGGUUUCCAUUUGACCCCAAUGUCUGCCACAUACCUCUUGCACAUCCGUACUGUGAUGGAUGUUACUCUUUCUGCUGUCCCUUUAUGAAACUGAGUGGGAGUGCCCCAUCUGUUGGGUGCACUGUGAAUGUCAAUUGAGAGGACAAUCCCCAGGUUGAUUUAAUUGAUAGGGGAAUUUUAUCCUUGAAACACUUUGAACUGGAAGCUGAUGAUUUUUAUGGAAUGUUUGUUUGUACAUAUUUUCAUGUUCUUUAUGUAAUUUUAAACCUAAAACAACAGAAUAAUAGAGUUGAGAAUUGGAUUCAUAUUAUCAGUACAUGUCUAUGUUGCUUGAAAUAAUACCUUGACUGUCAAUUAUUCAAAAAAAAUGUUUUUACAUGUCCAGUGUCAAUAUAUUUUUUACAAAACAAUAAUAAAUUAGCACUGUUCACAUUACAUAAAAUAUCCUUCACAAAGGUGUGGUGUCUCUUGGUGAUGGGGGUAUUCCAUUGGGAUGAUGUUCGUUUACUAAAUAAUGCUAUCCUCACUUGGUAGUUAUGGCUCGUUGCGAGUACUUGGUUUGCGGUCCAAAUACUUAAAAGACACACUCUCUUCCACUUACCCUCGCCUUAUGCCCCUGGGGGAUACUCCGUCGCCAUCUUCGUGGGUGGUCCAAAUGAUUAGCCAAGCAAGGGAAAUUUGCAACGUAAGCCCCUCAGGCCUCGUUUUCGUUGAAUUUUGCGAGUGUAUAAUUAUGUUAAUUCCGGGGCCUGAAUCUCCCCAUAUUUCAAUUCGCGACGAUUGUACAUCCGCUAAAAAAAGUCAGCGUAAACUUAAAAACAACAUCAAUGGAGAAGGCAACAUACAAGUAUCCAAACCAGGAGACUACUGACUGUCUAUACAGCUAAUAUACUCGUUGCCUUGGGGGUUUCACAGAGGAUAAUGUCCCAUCACUGAAG